UACUAAGACCAGAAUAGGAUACUCUGUUGCUUUACCAGAGAGAUAAAUACUUUGGUAUCGAUGUCAUUCGCAGAAUCACCACAUGCUAUGGAUAUGUCUAUUGUCUUGGAAGACGAAAAGCCACUGAGUGUUAAUGAAGUACCCGACUACAAUGAAGACAUCCACACAUACCUGAGGGAAAUGGAGGUUAAAUGUAAACCUAAAGUGGGUUACAUGAAGAAGCAGCCAGACAUCACUAACAGUAUGCGGGCCAUCCUUGUGGACUGGCUAGUUGAAGUGGGAGAAGAAUAUAAAUUACAGAAUGAGACCCUGCAUUUGGCCGUGAACUACAUUGACCGGUUCCUCUCUUCCAUGUCUGUGUUAAGAGGGAAGCUUCAGCUUGUAGGCACUGCUGCUAUGCUGCUGGCUUC